AUGGCUACAUUCUUGAAGCAACCUCUUAAGCUGGCCCUGGUGCAGCUUGCAUCAGGAGCGGACAAGGCCGUGAACCUGUCGCAUGCUCGGAGCAAAGUCCUCGAAGCUGCGAAGGCCGGCGCACGAUUGAUAGUCCUCCCCGAGUGCUUCAACUCGCCUUAUGGCACGAGCUUUUUCCCUAAAUACGCCGAGACUCUCCACCCCUCCCCUCCCACGCAAGAACAGUCGCCCUCCUUCCACGCCUUGUCGGCCAUCGCCAUCGAGGCAAAUGCAUACCUGGUUGGAGGAAGUAUUCCUGAGCUGGAACCAUCCACCAAGAAAUACUACAACACCUCGCUGGUAUUCUCGCCCACUGGCGCGCUGAUUGGCACCCACCGCAAGACCCAUCUCUUCGACAUUGACAUCCCGGGCAAGAUCCAAUUCAAGGAGAGUGAUGUCCUGUCUCCUGGAAACCAAUUGACAAUCAUUGAUCUUCCGGACUACGGCAAGAUCGGCCUAGCUAUUUGCUACGAUAUUCGUUUCCCUGAGGCUGCCAUGAUCGCCGCUCGCAAGGGCGCUUUCCUACUCGUCUACCCCGGCGCCUUCAACACCACCACCGGUCCUCUCCACUGGUCUUUACUUGGCCGUGCCCGUGCUGUUGACAAUCAGUCAUAUGUGGCGCUGUGCAGUCCAGCGCGUGAUCUGGAUGCCUCAUACCAUGCCUAUGGUCACAGCUUGGUCGCCGAUCCCAGCGCGAACAUUCUGUCUGAGGCUGAAGAGAAGGAGACUAUUGUCUAUGCUGACUUGACCAAUGAAGCUGUUACCAACAUCCGGGGUAACAUUCCGAUCUAUACCCAGAGACGAUUCGACCUCUAUCCUGAUCGAGAGCCACACAACGAAAGAAGAAAAUCGACCAGCGAACUUUUGCUUCCGACCAUCCACCCUACGUCGACCAACCCCUUCAAGAUGUCCAACGUCAAGACCGGUAACAAGCGCUCGGCCAUCGCCGACGUGGUGUCGCGCGAGUACACCAUCAACCUCCACAAGCGUUGCCACGGUGUCUCCUUCAAGAAGCGUGCUCCUCGUGCCAUCAAGGAGAUCCGCGCCUUUGCCGAGCAGGCUAUGGGCACCAAGGACGUCCGCGUUGACCCCCAGCUCAACAAGAAGGUCUGGGAGGCCGGCAUCAAGGGUGUCCCCUUCCGUCUCCGUGUCCGCAUCUCCCGUAAGCGUAACGACGAGGAGAACGCCAAGGAGCGCCUCUACUCCCACGUCCAGGCCGUCAACGUCAAGGACCCCAAGGGUCUCCACACCACCACCGUCGACGACGCUUAA